AUGAAUGGUCAAAAACUUGAAGAAGAAAAGAUAAAGAUCCAAGCCAGUGAUCUUGAUCUUCCUCUCUGUUUACAGAUUCUAAAUGAUGCGAUUUUGCAUUUUAAGGAGGGGAACAAGAGAUGCUCAGAGAUUCUUAAGUGUAUUCAGAGAUGGGCUCCCUUCAAGGACUUGAUCAAGGCAAUGCAGGUCAUGUUGUCUCGGCCGUUAUUGGUUCUCACGAUUGCUGAGGCUCUUACAGAUCAGUCAGAAGUAAAGCAAGAAGCCCCGGGAGGUACCGCCUCUCAUGCAUCUGCAGAAUCAGAGUCUGACCCGCAGACGUCUCAGUCUCCAUCAGAUAUAAGAAUUGAAGAUGAGGCUCCAGAUUCUGUAACUUCACAAGACUGGCUUACACAACUCUACAAAGAACUGGAAAAGCAGAGACUUAGCUUGCCAGAGAGACUCAAUGAGGAUGAGCUUCGUAGAUUCUAUAGAGUGUCAAAUGGCGACUUCACAUCCUUACUAUCCUCAAUAAAAAAGACAAUCCAGUGGAGGGAGACUUACAGAAUCCUAUCAGAAGAAGAACUUGAGACAUGGUCAAGUUUAGUCUUUUGGCAUGGAUAUGACAAUAACCAAAGACCUUGCCUCAUUGUCCGCUUGGGGCUUGCUUUCCUAAAGUUGCCAUCUCAUGAAAGACCUUGUUUCGCUCAGGCAAUCAUUUCUCAGGUAGAGCACGGCGUUUUGCAUCUUCUAAACCCCGAGAAUUCAGAACUUACAGUACUAGUGGAUUGUGAAGGAUUAUCUCCUCUGAGGAUUCCGAUGCAGAUGUUGAGAUCAUGUUCUUCAGUUCUUCAAGAUCACUUCCCUAACCGUCUUGGCUGCCUAUUCAUCAUUCGCCAAAGAAAAUUAGAACAUGCUCCUUCUUAA